CUACUCCCCAUGGCGUCUUUGUCUCCCUGGGGACACCAGCUCUGAGCUUCCGCUCAGCCCAGCCCCCCCCUUCCCCAUUCCCGGAGACCGCAUCAAGGGAGAGAGGGUAAUGUAGGGUGGCCUUCUGUGCCUUGUCUGGUGAUGGAGAGCCCGCGGACACGUGGUGGAUUCAGUGCUCGAGGUUCGUGACAGCUGGAAGUUCCCCAGCCCCGCCUCCGGACGCUGCCGCUGUCCUUGGAGUCAGGCCUGCCUCGUAUCUCAGGUCUGAAAGGGAGCUGGCACGUUUGUGAGCUCACACCUCCCCUAUCCGCCUGCUCACAAAUUCAGACCGCCUCACACACAGGGAGGGAGAGAGGGAAGACAGGUGAGUGCUGCCCUCAAGCCCUGCUUCCCUCUCCUGAGAUGGAGAAAUGGGUCCUCAAAAAAAUAAAGUACUUGCAGUCUGGGGGCCUCUCAGCUUCUCACUACAAUCACAAGGUUGAUUCUUUCAGGGAGCGGAUCACAAGUGAGGCAGAAGACUUGGUGGCAAAUUUUUUCCCAAAGAAGUUGUUAGAACUUGAUAGUUUUUUGAAGGAACCAAUUCUAAACAUUCAUGACCUAACUCAGAUCCACUCAGACAUGAAUCUCCCUGUCCCUGACCCCAUUCUUCUCACCAAUAGCCACGAUGGACUGGAUGGUCACCUAGCAUUGUUUCUGCCCACUUACAAGAAGCGAAGGUUGGAUGAGUGUGAAGAGGCCUUUCAAGGAACCAAGGUGUUUGUGAUGCCCAAUGGGAUGCUAAAAAGCAACCAGCAGCUGGUGGACAUUAUUGAGAAAGUGAAGCCUGAGAUCCGGCUGCUGAUUGAGAAAUGCAACACGGUCAAAAUGUGGGUACAGCUCCUGAUUCCUAGGAUAGAAGAUGGGAACAACUUCGGGGUAUCUAUUCAGGAGGAGACAGUUGCAGAACUAAGGACUGUUGAGAGUGAAGCUGCAUCGUAUCUGGACCAGAUUUCUAGAUAUUAUAUUACAAGAGCCAAAUUGGUUUCUAAAAUAGCUAAAUAUCCCCAUGUGGAGGACUAUCGCCGAACCGUCACAGAGAUUGACGAGAAAGAAUAUAUCAGCCUCCGUCUCAUCAUAUCAGAACUAAGGAAUCAGUAUGUCACCCUACAUGACAUGAUCCUGAAAAAUAUUGAGAAGAUCAAACGGCCCCGGAGCAGCAAUGCAGAGACACUGUACUGAGGCCGGGGCCAGGGCCAGGGGACUCUGUGAGUCUGGCUCAAGACCGACAUUGCCUUGGUUUGUUACAUGACUAUCGUGACGGGGAAACUGGCUGGAAAUAGUAAUCACACCUCUCUGUUUUUAGUUAGAGUCUAAUGAAACUCUCAUGUAGUUCUGUGACGUGUUUACCUCUUUUUUCAGGCCUCAGGAGCUCUUCCCUUUCCUUCCCUCACACCCCACACCUGAGCUGUUCUAAUUUCUGGGGAACUCCAGGUUUGUGUGCGCAAGAUGUUGGCACCAGAAUACUUGUGUUUCUUUCCCCACCCCCUUCUUUGUCUUGGGCUUUGUGUUCUCCUUUUGAUGAUUAGUUUGUUAGGAGCUGAGGGAGCUAAAAGGAAAGUGCUAGGUUUUUGUUUUUUCUAAGAUCUGGGGUCAGGGAGACUAGCUCCUCUUCUGAUAUAAGGCUAGUGUCUCUUGCCAGUGUGGGAUAUUGGAUCCUCCCUGUCCCAGUUGUCUUGGUGAUGACUUCAGGUUUUCCAUCUACAUACAUGACAAGAAGCACCAUAGACCUUGGCUAAGUCCCUAAGUCCUUCAGAUGUUUUUAUAAGUAGAAUUUUCACAUACACAUAUGUGCGUGAUUGACACACACACACACAGACAUGCACACAUCUGCCUUCCUACUCUGUUACCUGACACUCCCCCGCCCUCCCCCAUAAACCCUGUUACACACACUGUUCAGGAGGUGACAGUUGUCUCAGUCAUCAUCCACCGGCACCCAUCGUCUCCUGAUAUUGUAGCCUCUUCGUGCCCACAGGCUAUUAAGUUGGAGGAGGACCAAGAGGCGAGAAGCAGAGGGAUUGGGGGAAAGCUCCUUUCUCUGUGACUCAGGUCCUUUUGGGCAUUAUUGCAAAGGCCAGUCCUCUGCCUCCUGACUGCCUCUUUCCACACAAGUUGUAAUUGGGGGUGGGAGUGUCUUUAGCUGUGAGCACCAGCUGCUGCUGCUCCUCCUGGGCUUUUCCUUUGGGAAAAAUAUUCCUUAUUUAUAGUAUUGUGCUUCCAGGGAAAGCAGUCACUUAUGUGUAUAUGUGUGUGCACGCAAACACAGGCGAGUACACGUGUGUAUGUGGAAAUCCGCUGCGCAAGUCAAAACCAUAGAAGAGUUCCCCCCUAUCUCUCGAAGCUUCAAGAGAUAUCCCCCACUUUUUUAUUCUGUCACUACUGGAGAGUCAGUAUUUGCAGCCGCCAGCCAGUGACUCUCUCAGUGUCUGUUUCUGACUUAUUCUUCCCCUGUCUGUCUUCCAACCCCUAAUCAUAUUUCCACCUGGAUGCAUCAUUUUUACUCCCAUAUGCUCUAUAGAGAAGGAGUCAGGAUGCUGUCUUCCCACGAAUAGUAUUCAGUAACAAACCAAUUGCAUUUUAGUUGGGCAAUGCCCCUCCCCACCCUUCAGAUCCCUUCCACCAUGCAUUUCUGUUUCCCCUUUUGUUUGUUGGAUUGUUCUGCCCCUUCUCACCCCACCACCCUUGGAUCGUAAUGUAAAAUUCUUUUACCAUGUCAAGAAAUUAUUAAAAAGACAGGUACUUCGACCUCUUUCUAAA